AUGAGGCGCUUCUUGCAGGUCGGCGGCGGCGGUGGGGAGCCGUCCUCCUCCUCCUCGUCGGGCGGUCACCACCAGCAGCAAGGCGGGCUUGCGGGCCAGAGGGUGGCGGCGGGCCUGCGGUACCGAGGAGGCGACGUCUCGCUGGGGCACGAGCACGACGACGGACACCGUCGCCAUGAUAGGCAGACCACCGAUGGGUCCAUGGACAUGCUGGCGCGGCACAGCAGCUCGCCGGUCGGCUUCUUCUCCAACCUCGUGGUGGACAACGGGUAUCCACGCUCAAAUAAAGCCGGAGGCAGCGGUGGCGGCGAAGGUCAGCGUAAUCAUCCUUCAACGGUCAACAAUAGUAGUGGCAGCAGCAGCGGCGGCCGGAAGAUGAAGCCGUCGUCCGAGUUCAACUUCACCGGCGGGGCACAGCAGGGCGGCACCGCGGGCCACCACCUCUCGCGGAUCUCCGAGGACGGCGCCAGCUUCCCAGCCAACCUGAUGGGCGGCGACCGCACGGCGGGCCACGGCUCUGGCGAGAGUAGCAGCGGUGGUGCCAUGGCGGCGCGCUCGUACUCCGGCUCCGGCGGGUUUUCCAUCGUCGGCCCGUGGGAAGAGUCCAGGGACAUCAUUACCACCCUCGGCGCAUACGCCCCUCAGUUUAGCGGCGCCAUGGCGGGCACGGCGCUGGAGAUGGCGGGCAUGGACAGUUACAUGCAGCAGCAGGACCAGGUGCCAUUCAAAGUGCGCGCCAAGCGCGGGUGCGCCACGCACCCCAGGAGCAUCGCCGAGAGGGAGAGGAGGACGAGGAUCAGCGAGAAGCUCAGGAAGCUGCAGGACCUCGUGCCCAACAUGGACAAGCAAACGAGCACCGCGGACAUGUUGGACCUUGCAGUUGAGCACAUCAAGGGCCUGCAGAGCGAACAGCAGAGAGAAUGCACUGAUCUGAAGACGAAUGCGUUUCAGUUUCGACUGAUCACAAGCGGGUAUUAUAUUCUUGACAGCACACAAAUUAAAGGCCAUUUAAUUUGA